UAAAAAUGGAGUCUAAACCUUCAAGGAUUCCAAGAAGAAUAUCUGUUCCACCCUCUAGUUCUUUAAGUGCUAGGAUGAUGACUGGAAGCAGAGGAAGCAGUUUAAGUGAUAACUGCCACUCAAGAGACUCUUCAUUUAGACUGGAUUCUGAGUAUCAGUCUACAUCAGCAUCUGCAUCACCAUUUCAGUCUGCAUGGUAUAGUGAGUCAGAGAUAACUCAGGGAGCACGCUCAAGAUCACAAAACCAACAACGUGAUCAUGAUUCAAAAAGACCUAAGCUUUCUUGUACAAACUGUACAUCUACCUCAGCUAUGAGAAAUGUUGGAAGUGGUUUAAAUACAGUAUCAGAUUCUUCAUGGAGGCAUAGUCAAGUUCCCAGAUCUUCAUCAAUGGUACUUAGUUCAUUUGGAACAGACUUAAUGAGAGAGAGGAGAGAUUUGGAGAGGAGAAGAGAUUCCUCCAUUAGUAAUCUUAUGGAUUAUAGUCACCGAAGCGGUGAUUUCACAACUUCAUCAUAUGUUCAAGACAGAGUUCCUUCAUAUUCACAGGGAGCAAGACCAAAAGAGAACUCAGUGAGCACUUUACAGUUGAAUACAUCCACAAACCACCAAUUGCCUUCUGAACAUCAGACAGUACCAAGUUAUAGGGACUCCAGUAGAAAUUCUUUAAGGUCAAGUUUUUCUUCAAGAGAAUCAGAAUCUCUCCGAAGCAGUACACACCCUGGAUUUGCUUAUUUUUCAAGUAGAGAUGAAACCCCAACUGUAAGCAAUUCAGAAAGGAUUGGUUCUUCUCGAAGAUCAUUUCAAGAAUCUUCUGACAAUGAAGGUAGGCGUACAACAAGAAGAUUGCUGUCACGUAUAGCUUCUAGCAUGUCAUCUACUUUUUUUUCACGAAGAUCUAGUCAGGAUUCCUUGAAUGCAAGAUCAGUGAGUUCUGAAAACUCUUACUCUUCUCCAGGAAUGUUGACAUCACAGUCUCGGGGUAAUGCAGCAACUUCUGAAGUUAACUAUAAUAGGGCAUCUGAAGCUUCUCAGGGAUUUCGAUUUCUUAGGCGAAGAUGGGGUUUGUCAUCUAGCCAAAAUCAUAGCUCUGAGCCAGAUUCAGAAACUUUUAGUCGUGAAUCUGAAGGUAGGAAUACGGGCCCAUGGUUAUCUUCCUCACUUAGAAAUAGAUGUACACCUUUGUUCUCUAGAAGGAGAAGAGAGGGAAGAGAUGAAUCUUCAAGGAUAACUACCUCCGAGGGACCAUCUAGAUCUCAUAUUUUUAGAAGAGAAUCAAAUGAAGUUGUUCACCUUGAAGCACAGAGUGAUCCUCUGGGGGCUGCUGCCAACAGAACACAAGCAUCAAGAGCAUCAAACAGUGCCUCUGCUGGUGGUGCCACAUCAGAUUCAACUCAAAGUGGAAGAAAUACAGGGAUAACAGGAAUUUUUCCUGCUUCCUUAUUCCGAUUUGCAGUCCCUCAGGCCCUUGGAAAUAAUUUGACUGACAAUGUCAUGAUCACUGUAGAUAUCAUUCCUUCAGGUUGGAAUUCGUCUGAUGGAAAAACUGAUAAAACCAAAAGUACACCUUCAAGAGAUCCAGAAAGACUGCAGAAAAUAAAAGAGAGCCUCCUUUUAGAGGACUCUGAGGAAGAAGAAGGUGAUUUAUGUAGAAUUUGUCAGAUGGCAGCUGCAUCAUCAUCUAAUUUGCUGAUAGAACCAUGCAAGUGCACAGGAAGUUUACAGUAUGUCCACCAAGAGUGUAUGAAAAAGUGGUUACAGGCCAAAAUUAACUCUGGUUCUUCACUAGAGGCUGUAACCACCUGUGAACUCUGUAAAGAGAAGCUGCAACUUAACCUGGAGGACUUUGAUAUUCAUGAACUACAUAGAGCUCAUGCAAAUGAACAAGCUGAGUAUGAGUUUAUCAGCUCUGGUCUCUACCUAGUUGUGUUACUGCACUUGUGUGAACAAAGCUUUUCUGAUAUGAUGGGAAAUACAAGUGAACCAAGCACACAUGUUCGAUUUAUUAACCUUGCAAGAACUCUUCAGGCACAUAUGGAAGAUCUCGAAACUUCAGAGGAUGAUUCUGAAGAAGAUGGAGACCAUAACAGAACAUAUGAUAUUGCAUAACUUCAUUUAAGACAAAUGGAUGAUCUGAGAACAAGUGUUUAAGACUGGCAAUUAAGUAUGGAUUAAUUUUGUGGGGGAAUGCCGAUGAAAUUUAUUGACUGUACCUAAAAUGAAUAUAUAUACAUAUAUGUAUACAUGUGCAUAUAUAUUCAUUUUCAAGUGUUGCUGAAUUAAAAUUCUUCUGCUGGAUCUUUUAAUAGUGACCAGCACAUUUGAUGUUUAUAAACUGGUAAAAAUAUUUUUCUUGUAGGUGAGUGGGAAAGUCUUACCCUUGUUUUAAGCAAUGCCUAUCAACCCUUUUUUGUGUUCUGAUUACUGUAGUCAUAUUUAUGAAAAACAGAUUUGUGUUCUAGUUUCUUGCUAGUGAGGAAAGGGGGACAAAAUACGCUUUUGAAACAAACUGCCAAAUGGCACCUAAUUAGUUUGUCUUCUACAAUGCCUUAUAUUGCAGUCAUAUUUUAAUAAUCAUUUAUUUCCAGUGUUUCUAAAAAAAACUUACAAAGAAUGGGAAGAUCAUUCAUUAUAUUAGGUUUCCAAACUUAAUUUGAGUUCCAAUUCAUUUAGCAAUAAAGCCUAAUUUUAAAAUAGUAUAAAAUAUUUAGCAAUGAUGGAAAAAAUUUUGUAUUGAUUUUUCAAAAUGCAGAUUAUAUUUGAUAGGCUAUAGUAUGUAACUAUUCCUUCAGGAAUAGUACAACUAUAAAUUGUAUCAGAAUUGCCAGUCAAAUGCUAUUUGGUUAAAAAUAUUACUGCAAUUGCAAGUUAAUGGAAUCUUUUAAAAUCCCAUAUUCAAAGUUUAAAACACUGGUUUUCAAUGUGUUUUUUAGUGUUGUCACUACUUUAUAGAUAAAUAUAAGUACCUGUUUGGGUCCUGGUCAUUUUUAACUGUUACCCAAUAAUUCUGAAAAUUUAUUUGAUGAUGAUUAAUAUUUUUCACUACCUGGGGAAAACAGACUGAAAUUACCUAUUCAGACUGAUUCUGCACUCUGUGGUCAUUAGUUGUGUAUUCCAUAACAUUGUAUUUUUUCCUGUGGACACUACUAGGAUACACUUAAAAACACCUCAAAGUAGUUUCAGGUUAAAAUCUAAUGUUUCAGCAGCAAACUACUUUCUCAAAACCUAAAUCAAAACCAUGUAAUUUAUCAAAUGUGAAUGAACAGUUUGUCCCCACUUAAUUUGUUGGUCUUCUGUAAAAUCUUGGCUGGAAAUAAAGUACAUACUCAUUGAUUUA